CUCUGAUACCAGCCACUUGGUCAGUUCUAGAGAAGAUUCUUGAUUCUUUAGAAAUCAAGUUGGGCACUGCUCUUUCCAAUGUCAAUGUUAUCAUGCGUUUUGCCCGUCGAUUGUGUCGAAUGUCAGAAGAGAAAGAAGUUCGUCUUGCUCUGACAUAUUUAGAUGAAGCCGGAUCUGUAAUUUAUCCUCAGAAAAGUGAGAAGCUGAAGAACACAGUCGUCACCAAACCAAGCUGGAUUUUCAAGGUUUUCUCAGUUGUGGCAUCUGUCACUACUUGGCCUCCUCCCUCACUGAUUGAAGAUUGGAAUCGAGUUCGGCAAGUAGGAAUUGCUUCUUGGGAACUCAUUGAUCAUCGUCUGAAAGAAGCAGGAGUGAAGUCAGCAGAGUAUAAAACAGAAUACUUUGUUCCAUGUUUGCUAGAAGUCGAGUCAAAAGGUCCAUUUGCAGCUGUUGAUUUGGUUGCUUCUCGGCCAAUGUCACUUAUCAUUUUGUCUCACAAAAUUGAGUUUAUUCCUGAGCAGUUGCAUUUUAGACUGAUGACGUGUUGCAUUGAGAAAUAUCCUGAUGAACCGAUGUUGACACGUAAUAAGUGUGUAUAUCGAGUUGAGAAAGAUGUCAAGUUGGAAGUGAUUUAUCACUUGAAGAAAUAUAUCAUUGUCAUUAUUGACACACAACGGCCACUUCAUGAAAUUGCAUGUCUGUAUACAGACAUCCGUCUGUUCAUCACUAAAAAGCUGCAUGAAGUGAAGACACCAGGGUUGUCUCGUUUUCAGUUUUCAUUGAAUAUUCAACAUCCCGGACCAGCCAUUCCUGUUGAUGUGAACAAGUUGGUAUGUAUAAACAAGUAUAUACCAAGUGAGGACACAACAUUGAGAAGAAACAAAAGCAGGGUCGAUGUCAAUCUGGAUCACAAUGAGAGAGCUGCAUUAGACUGUUGGUUUUAUGAAGAGAAAGAUGAUGUAAGCUUACCAGGAAAGACACAACAACAGUCACUGACAUUACGAACCAUGCACCAGCAAAUGUACAGCCAGUGAUAUUGUGAAAGUUGCUAAGAAAAUUUGUCAUUGUUGGAAAGAACUUGUGUUGAAUUUGUCA